UUCCCCAGCAGGGAGCCGAUCCAGAAAAGCCUACUUCGAGCCGACUGAAAGUAUGUUUUCUGCUUAACCAAAACCUCUGCAAAAGCUGCUCUUCACUCUCACAACUCCGACAACUCUUAUCCUUCGCAACACAACAAUCUCUCUCUCUCUCUCUCUAUAAACUCGAAUCACACUCCACAUUUCACUUACGAAUACCAAGUUAUUAUCUCAACUUGCCUGAUUCCUCUGAGAGACUUAAUCAAAUUGAGAUGGCCACAGACACAAGCGAAAAGAAGGCGACGAAGUCAGGGCAGGCCGGCGCCGCGCCGCCGCCGCAGGAGCCGGAGCACCUCCCCUGCCCGCGCUGCGACUCCACCAACACCAAGUUCUGCUACUACAACAACUACAACUUCUCGCAGCCGCGCCACUUCUGCAAGGCCUGCCGCCGCUACUGGACCCACGGCGGCACCCUCCGCGACAUCCCCGUCGGCGGCGGCAGCCGCAAGAACGCCAAGCGCUCCCGCACCUCCCACAUCCCCGCCCCCGUCCCGGCCAACGCCGUAUUCUCCGCCGCUUAUCAUCGCGACUUCCGCCACCUGCCCGCCGCCGCUUCCCAGCUCCUGGUCCCGCUCGGCGCCAGCCACAGCGGCGAUACGCCGUUUGUGAGCGACGGCAAGAUGGGUGGGAGUUUUACCACGCUGUUGAACAGCUCUCCGGCGACGGGGCUUCUGGCGCUGGGUGGGUUUGGGGUAGGGCUUGAAGAGGUGGGGUUUGGGCUGGGAAGGGCGGCUUGGCCGUUUGCUGCGGUUGUGGACAGCGCUGGGCCUGGGUCGGCCGGGCCAGGGCACACGUGGCAGCUCGAGAGUGGAGAGACUGGAUUUGUUGCUGGAGAUUGUUUUGGUUUUCCAGAUCUUGCUAUUUCCACUCCAGGGAGUUUUUUUAAAUAAAAUACUACAGUAAAUUAUUUUCUUUUUUCGUAUCAAGAUCAGUAGCACUUGGUAAAAUCAUCUAUGUUUCUGUGGCUUUCAAUUUUAUUACGUUGUGACUAUUACGAGAAUGCAAUGCUCCAUCUAUUCUAGAUAUA